AUGUACAACAUAAUAUUCGUUUAUUUAGCUGUGAGUUUCGCGCUUAUAAACGCUGCAGUAGGAAACUCAUUUGGAAAUGAUCCUGCUAUAUUAGCUUUCAAAACGAAAGUCAUAAAUGAACUUAAGGAUUAUCCUACUGUUAAAUCAAGUGUUCAGAAAAUAAUCGAAGAUGUGAUAAAAAAUGUUGAAGAUAGUACAACUAAUAUUCGAGAAAUUGUAAAAGUAUUAAAAGACAAAAGAAAGAACCUUAGGGAGAAUCUAGUGAAAAAACGCAGAACAAUUGAACAAUAUGUGAGCUGUAAAACUAAACAUCAAGAAGCAGAAACUUUUCAUGGAUUUUUUAAAGAAAUAGAAGAAUCAUUGGCAUUCACGAUGCUUACAACAUAUGGUAAUUUUACAACUCUGCAGAAUUGCCUCAAAGAACAAAUAAAGAUAUCAGAAAAUAUUAAGGAACUAGAUGACUUGAUUGCUAAAAAAUACAUGAAUAUGAAGUCGUUUAAUAAUGGACUAUUUAUGUACGAAUUGGCUGCGAGAAAUGUUGAUGAAUUAAUACCUUUAGCAAAGAGAUUUGGUGGUAAUGCAAAUGAGAUUUUCUCUCUACUUUAUCCUAAUAAUCAAUUAUUUUGUGCUAUUUUAUGUUCAUCUCUAUGUCAAGUAUUGUAUUAUGAUAUUAUUCGAGAUUGA